AGUAUGCAGUGAUUUCGUUCAAAGUGGGAUCUGGUUGAUGGCAGAUUGAUUGCUUGUCCUUGCGCUGCCCGCUUACCCCAAUUGACUUCAACACAUGCGGCAAAAAAUUAUUUACAGCCUGAUGAAACCAAAGUAUUUGCUUUUCCUGUUCCUUCUGGGUUUCAGCAGACUUAGUUCCGCAGUGUCUUCUAUUGAUGAGUCAGACGUGGCGAGUUAUGGAGUGGAAAGGAGGUCCAGUGCCACUGACUUGUUUUUUGUAUACACGAAAAAUGCCAGUCAGUGUAAAUCAAACGGCUGGUGCCAGAAGUUUGGAACUGCAUAUCCAGCAGGGGGUGCAAAUUCUUGCGGUUGUAGCUGUGAUUUUAGUUUUCCAUCUUUCUUCCCGUCGUCGAGAAAGUGCCUAAAAGGAAAUCAACUUCCAGCAAACUUUGGAGGUUGUCCAAAUGGCACAUACCAAAAUCUGUUUGAUAGUGUAAAUGAUCCUAUCUUUAAGCACCCUGUUGACCUUACCAAUGAAAUGACACGGCCAACAUCAGCUUGGGGAAAUCAGCUCAACUGUAGCCUCUAUGGAUAUUUUUUUGAUUUCAGUGGUUUUAAGGCUAGUUGGAAACGUGUGUCUCAUGGAAUCUUUAAGCUUAAAAAAGAGAAAAGAAAGAAAAAUGGAGGUGUAUUUGUAAUAGAGAUGAAAGACAAGUUUAGCAAAUUGUCUGGGAGAGUCAUCAAACUUAAUCUCAUGUGCACAAAUAAAACACAAAAAGGUCAGCCAGUAUUACAAGCUUGUUAUCUUUUCAAGGCAGUGGGACAUGUAACAUAUUAUGCCUCACCAAGGACAAGUUCUGUACAUACUUUUCAGACAUCUGUGGGUUAUCACACAUCAUCAUCAUUUGCACAUCCAUCUCCACCAUCACUACAAUUACCACAAUCAACACAAAUAACUUCAAUGUCAUCAUUGUCACAUUUGGCAUCUCUACCAUCGCCAUCUUCUUCCUUAGAUGUCAUGAAAAGGAUUUCAACAACACGCACUGCAGAUUAUGCCCCAGCAAAGAAAAGUUCUGUACAUACUUUUCAGACAUUUGUAGGUUAUCACACAUCAUCAUCAUUUGCACAUCCAUCUUCACUAUCACCACAAUCAACACAAAUAACUUCAACAUCAUCAUUAUCACAUUCGGCAUCUCUACCAUCACCAUCUCCUUCCUUAGAUAUCAUGACAAGGAUUCAAACAACACACACUGGAAAAUUUUCGCACAUGGGAACCAGAUCUCUUCAAACAAGGCCAGUAUUACGUACAUCCAGAUCAAUUCAGCCAUUAACAUUAAAUACAGAAGUUGAAAGCCUCUUGUCAGUCAGUUCAGAGGAAGUUACUAAUCAAGUAAUAUACACAGGAAUUCAUACAUCAUCAGUCAACACAGGAGAACCAAAUUAUAGUGAACCACCAGAGCUACCAAUUACUGAGGCAAGUCUUCCUCCUGUGGAUGGUCCAGGAGACAAAGAAGCAAGAAAAAGUGGAAAAGACAAAGGAGUAGCAAUUGGUGGAGGAGUUGGUGGUGCUGUUGUUUUUGGGAUUAUUGUCAUAGGGUUGAUUAUUGUAUUUUGUAGGAGAAGAAAGUUACGGGAAAACAUGGAAAAGAAAGAAAAAUUACAUGUAGAAGUUAACAACCCAGUGUAUGAGAAACCUCAAGAUGACAUUAAAAUGGAAAGACCAAGAGAGAAAGCCACAGAUUUCAGUGAACAAGACAGUCAACUGACAUACCUGGAACCUGUUGACAACAAAGGAUAUGAAAAUUAUGGAGCUUUGUACAGUACUGCAGAUGAAAAUUAUGACAAUUCAUCUGUUUACCAAAGUCUGGACAAGAAUACACCUGCAGUGCCACAAGUCUACCAGAGUUUACAGAACAACCAGCCUUCCACCAAGAAACCAAUACCUAAACAGGAACAAAGCAAUGCAGAAAAACCUGGAAAACCCAGUGUACCCCCAGACCCUGUUUACAAUGUCCUUGAGGAGGCUCACACCAGACAAGGAAAUACAUCAGAGGCAAUAUAUAAUGUACUGGAAGGGCCAGAUCCUGGACAUGAUACUCCAGGGAACAUUCAGGACCCUGUUUACAAUGUGCUGGAUGGGCCUGGUGUAGGACAGACAUAUGAGGCCCCAGAUGUUGGUGUUCAACAGGAUCCACUGUAUAAUGUGCUUGAGGUGCCUGAAUCCAAACAAGAACAUCAAGAACCGCUAUAUAAUGUGCUUGAAAGUGCAGAUACCGAAAAUGCCCCUUCCAGACAGGAUGGCUUCUGUGAUGGCGCAGCCAGUGAGCCCCUGUAUAAUGUUCUCGAUGGGGCAGAUUCAAGUGGAGCAAAUUCAAGUGGUGCAGAAUAUGCUGCUCCCAACAGAAACCUAUCUGCUGAUGGUCACGACAACCCAGCCUAUGAGCAGACCCUUGAAUUUGGUGCACCACAUGCAUUGGUGGACAGCCCAGGGUCUCAGAGAGAAUCUUUGUAUGAGCCCCUGAAAGGGUCUGAUAGGCAAGAUGUUUAUGAGCCCCUUCACAAAAAGGGGAAAUGAAUAGUACCAAGGAUGUGGACCUUGAGUUGAAAACAAAGUUAACAGAAGUUGGUUGCAAUUUAGGGGCCUAGGAGCUCUCCAUCGAAAUUAAAGUCAAUAUUGACUCUCAAUUGUCGUUAUGUUAGCUAUUAAAUCAACAGAGGCAAUGGGAGUGUAGGAAUAAAACUCAACUCUAUACACUAACUUGUAAUUAAAAUUUAUAUCUCUUUCUGACAGUGUGCAAUUGCAUGAUAUGUAGUGUCACAGGGCAAGUUACAAGUGAAAUAUUUUAUAAAGUAUUUUAAAAUGUGUAUUUUUGUAACAAAGUAUGUAGUCAUUUGCUGCCAAGCAGAAUUCAAGAACACUAUUUUUUUACUGAAACUUUUUUAAUGACUACAAUUCUGUAGGUUAUGAAGCAAAAAAUAAUUUUGCUCCUAAUUGUUUUAGUACUUAUCAAUGGUUAUCACCCAAAUCGAAAUAAUUUUGCCCUGUAAAAUACAGUAUUCAUACCUCAGAAGAAUUUAUGAAUAGUUUUUGUUACUGUAGGAAUUUGUUUAAAAAAAUAAAUACCCCAAGUUAACUUGAAAAAAAUGGAAUUGAGAUCUAGAGUUUUUCUUUUUUUACCAAAUUGCAAAAAAAAAGGGAAGUUAAUUCUUUAACACCUGUGAGUGACCAAGACAAUCUCUCCUUACUAUAUCUAUACAAUAUCAUACAGGCAAGUGAUGAGAAUAAAGAAAAAUAUCAAUAGGAAUACUAAAUGAUCCCGUACCAAGUUCUCCAAACUAACAUAAGGAGAAUCGUUUGGCAGACAGUAAGGAGAAUUUAUAAUGAGAUCUUGGGAGUCAAAGGGUCAAGAGUCCAACAUUGAAGAAACAGAAUAGUGAGGGAAACAGGUGACAAAAAGAAAAGAUCAGGAGCAAGAAAUAUGUUUCAUAUGAUGUAAUAAAUGAUAGAGAAAUGCAAAACAAUGCACGUUAUUUUGUACAUAAUUGAUCAGCACUGAUGACAUAACAGGGAUGGGCAAGACAGAAUGUGGAACUGAGACCAUCCU